AUGCAACCUACGGCCCACACAGCCCACACAGCCCUCGCUGCCUCACUCGUCGCCUCGGCCGCGCUUGCCGACCUCCGGGCGCUGCGCGCCGUAUCCCGGCAAUUUCGGGAGGCGGCGGACGCGCGCAUUUUCUCGCACGUGCUCCUCCUCGAGCUCGACGGCGACCUCGAGGUGCGCGAUGCGCAGGGCCACCGCCUUCCCGGCGUUCAGUGGGAGCUCAAGGUCACUCCUGCGGAGCGUGAUGUGUGGGUGUCGCGGCUCGCCCACGCACGUGUAGUGGACUACUACGACAACGUCGACCUCUCCAAGGACCCAGUUCUCGCGGCUGCGCUGGGUCAUGCACACACCGCGCGGCGACUGCGAGGCGGCCGCGGACUGUCACCUCACACUCUGAUGGACACGCUGCAGCUCGGAUACGACGAUGCGCAGGAGGACGGGUACGACUCUGACGACGACACGCCAUCAGGCAGCGUGGAGCAUGUGCCUUCAUCCGUCCGCGAUCUCACCGUGUGCGUGCGCUUUGACGCACGGCACCACCGCCUCACUGAGGCGAGUUACACCCUCUCGCUCCCGACCCUCGACUCGCUCACCGUCGUGUUUGCACAGGAGGAGUUCUCACGCAUCCCCUCGCGCUGCUGGAGCCGCGGAUCAUGCUGGUCCCCCCGCCGCAUGAGCCUUCAGAACUCUCCUGCGCCCCUUCCUCGAUGGGGUUUUCUCCGUCCGCUCAUCCGCCAGCUCGCUGAGGUGCACACGCCCAUCACACUGGUCGGGCUCGAAGCCAUUCCCCACACUCUCGUGGGCCUGCCUGCUGACAUGGACGUGGACGACGUUUGGCGCGAUUUUGCCGACGCAGUCCUGGUGCACGUGCCUCCAACCGCGCAGGACCCCACUCUGAUCUUCCUCUCGCUGGACGAGUACUGCCUCCGUGUGGGCAACGAGGCGUUCAAACUCGCCACGUCGCGUCCUGGGCCGCCGCCGAGCCCGCCCGAGACGCCUGACCUGAGCGACGACGACGAAUGGGAGGACCAGCGCAUGAGCAAGAGCCAGCGAAACGAGUGGGAGAAGCUCGUUCGCACUGCUGCUCGUUCUCUCAUCCGCAGCUGUCUCCUGUAUUAG